AUGGCCCUUUCCUCUAUAUUUGGAGGAGCUGCACCAUCACAACAGCAAACAGCGCCAGCUUCUACUGCUAAAGCCGUUAAUGUCAAAGAACAGCUGAAAACUCAAAUCGCACAAGAACUUGCUGUAGCAAAUGCCAGUGAAUUAGUCAACAAGGUGACGGAGAACUGUUUCGAAAAGUGUCUGACCAGUCCAUAUUCAAGCGGGGAAGAAGGUUGUGUUGACCAGUGUCUGGCGAAAUACAUGAGAAGCUGGAAUGUGGUUUCAAAGGCAUACGUUGCAAGAAUCCAACAAGCCUCUACUUCUGGAGAAAUUUGA